GAGAACUGUACAAACAUAAAAGGGUUAGGAGACAAGUAUUUCAUAAACGCAUGCAUUUGAUCGAAAGAAUGUGCAAAAGGUAUAGAAAAUUAUAUACUGGUUCAAUAGAUAAAACAAGUGUAUGAAAACGAAUUUAUCAUCACUUCAAAUAUAUUUUCGAAUGUAACUAACAUUCAAAAGUGUUAAUACUACUUCAUACGUUAGGUUUAAUAUUCAAUGAAUGUUCCACUGCAUGUGUUCCGUUCGAUCCAAUUUUUCUACGUUAACUUAAAUGUUUUAAAUAGUACUUGUACAUAUUCUAACGGCCGUCAGCCUCUCGUUGGUGGCAUGUGCUAGUGCACCACUACUCAUGUUUUUAAUCUAAUACGGAAUAAAUGGGGACAAGAAUCAAACACCAACAAUUAUAACAACGCGUUAACGUUAACUAAAUGAAUAAUUAUCUUUUUAUUUAUUUGUACAGCAUAAAAUAAACUUAAUAAUCCUCCAUUUUUAGACUCUCUACCUUCUUCACGCGUAUUCUCCAAAUAUACUAACUAGUGUUAAGUGUUUGUAUUUUAUAUAGACUUUAGAUUCUAACGUAACAAAUACUUUUGUGACAAAAAACAAGAAGUAACAAAUACGUUUUGUUAACUUUAUCACACUUCCAUCAAAGUAAAAUAUACUUCUAUCACACUUUUUCUUGGAAAUUGAUGAAAAUGUUUUUUUCGGAUUACUCAUUUAAUCUUUUGUUUCUUUUUCUGAACUCUAAAAAAGGUUAUAAAACUAGACUAAGCAAAGAGGUAGCGUCUAUAGGUUAAUCAAUGGUUCUACCAAAAAAGAUUUUAUGUAAGAAAGAUCUUUUGCCAAAUUAUUAAAUACUAACUACAUCUCUAUUUCUCUCAGUCUCUCCCACUGUAUAAAAACAACCUUGAGACAUUUUCAUUUCAAGUUUCUCUGUGUAAAAUAACAUCAAAGCUUUGUUUCUUUGUUCUCUCUUCUUUAACAAAGUCAAGAGUUAUGGUGAGAGUCUUUCUUCUCUACAACCUCAUUAAUUCAUUUCUUCUCUGUUUGGUUCCCAAGAAGCUUAGAGUUCUCUUCCCUCCUUCAUGGUACAUCGACGACAACAUCCCACCACCACUUUCAGAACCGGAACCAAAAUCUCAGACAAGAACAGACCCGGUGGAUCUGAAACAAGUGUUUCAGAUGUUCGACAAGAACGGAGACGGCCGCAUCACAAAGGAAGAGCUAAAUGAUUCGUUGGAGAACCUAGGAAUCUUCAUGCCAGACAAAGAUUUGAUCCAGAUGAUCCAUAAGAUGGAUGCAAAUGGAGAUGGUUGUGUAGACAUACACGAGUUUGAAUCUCUUUACGGUUCGAUUGUUGUAGAGAAAGAGGAAGAGGAUAUGAGAGAUGCGUUCAAUGUGUUUGAUCAAGACGGCGAUGGGUUUAUUAGCGUUGAGGAGUUAAAGUCUGUGAUGGCUUCCUUGGGACUCAAGCAAGGUAAAACCCUAGAGUGUUGUAAAGAGAUGAUUAUGCAAGUGGAUGAAGAUGGAGAUGGUAGAGUCAAUUACAAGGAGUUUCUUCAGAUGAUGAAAACCGGUGGAUUUAGCAAUACAUCAUCAUCAAAUUAAAGCUGAUAUUAUCUUUUUAUUCCUAUGUAAAUAAUGUCAUGCAAUGAAUCUUGAACUGAAUGGUUAAGAACAAUUAGAUAAAAAGAUAUUUGACUUUUCUUA